AUGGAGGUUAGACCUCUCAAAUCCGACCUAGGCUUGUCUGCACGCGAUCCCAGUCCUAUUCGCCUCGAUUCAAACUGUUCAUGCAAAUACUACUGCGGUUGCCGUCAAGUUGGCACAGCAAGGCAGCGAAACAUUGCUCGCGCUAUCAAGAAGUGUGCCAAUAGCUUGCACAACGAUGUGCGAGAUUGGGUCAGCAAAGUGAUAGCUGCAGGCGGCAUUGCAGAUGGAGAAGCAUUCAACUUCGUGCUCGACGUUCAGACCCGGUUGGCGGUUUUGAAUACUUGGGUAAACGACCUGGCGAAUGAGUUUAGUGACGAUCCGGAGAAUUGGCAGCCUAUGCCUGAUCAGUGGGGGAAGGCAGAGUAG